AUGGUUACAGUUCAAGUGGAGUUUUUAGGUGGUUUGGAUGUUAUAUUUAACAAGCAAAGACAAUACAAGGUAACGGUCGAGCGGGAGGACAUGUACGAUGUGGAUGUUGGGUAUCUCAUUGACUAUAUUGUAGAGAACAUGCUUGAGAAUCCAAAGGAUAAAGAUGUUUUCAUUGAGCAUGAUACUAUCAGACCGGGAAUUCUUACACUUAUUAACGAUACUGAUUGGGAGUUAGAAGGACAGAAAGAAUAUGUGUUGGAGGAUGGAGAUGUAGUGUCAUUUACUUCUACGUUACAUGGUGGUUAA